AUGUCAGAAUUAAGCAAUGAUAAUAUCGUCGAAAGCCAGGAACUAUCACUGCCGGUAACCAGGGAGGAGCCAGUGGCUAAUGAUAGCAAUGAUUUGUUUGGUGGAGACGAUCAAAGUACAUCUAAUCAACAAGACGAUUUUUUCUCCAACAUACAGCAACCAGAUCAACCAGAUCAACCAAUUAUUGAGACCAAUGAAGAACUUGAAACUGUGCAUAAGUCAACCGAUGUGGAAUUACCACAAGAAAUACCACUCGAACAAGAGCAGAUUCCGCAGCAACCACAACAACAAGAAAAUGUGAUUGAUGAUUUGUUUGGUACCAGUAACAAUGAUGAUGAUUUUUUCAGUAAUCACAAUCAAGACGGUCUAAACAGUGCUGAAAUAGAAACAGAAGAGAACGUGGAGGUGCCUUUACAACCUGAUUUUGAGCAAAAUCAAGAUUUAGAAUCCGAGAAGGCAACAAUCUCAAUUGACAAAAAAGACGAAGAUCCUGUUCUUGAAAGUCUAACCACUGAAUCAGAUAUUCUUGACAAUGAUCAUGAAUCAACGAGUGAAGCUCCUGGUAUCUCAACUGAACUGGAAGUCUUUGAAGAAGAAGCAGUAGUGGAGGAAGUGCAAUCAACUGCAGAAGAUUCGCCUGUGGAUGCCACUCAACCAUCAGAGCUUGGACCUUUAUCAACAGAACAGAUUAAUCUUGUUGAUGAACCAGAAGCUGGUGCUCCAAAUACUGAAGAAUCGCAAACAGAAUCCAAAUUAGAUCAAUUCUUUACUGAGUCAAAUGAAGGAGAUUUCUUUGAAAACAUUGCCAGGGAUAAUGUAGAACAAGAAGUAUCCAAUCCAUCAAAGACAGAGGCGGAUCAAAAACUCGAAGAUCUUUUCGCCGGUGCUGAUAACGAAAAUGGCGAGGAUCUUGAUUUUCUUCAACAACCACAGCAUAAUGUUGCAGAGGUAAAUUCUGAAGCUGCCGUAGCUACCGAAUCAAUCAAUUUAGAUUUAUUUGGUGAGGAUGAUACAGAUUUCCUUGAUGAAUUAAACUCCAAAAAACAACAACAACAGGAAGAAGAAGUGGGACCAUCAUCAACUUCAACUACAAAUCCUGAGGACAAAUUAGCAGCAUUAGAUUUAGAUGACGAUUUAUUAUUAGAUGAUGAUUUUUUGGAAGAAGGUUCUGUACAACCUAAAGUAGAGAGUUCUUUACCAGAAAAUAAGCCAGUGAAACACCAUCAUUCUUACAUUCCUAGCGGUCCUUCUGCCAAUCAAAAGUCUGUAUAUGCACCACCACAAGUUUCUGGAGUUAAUAAGAAUGAUUUUAUUAAAAAUUUAGAACAAUCUAAAAAAAAACACGAUGCAUACGAUUUCCCAGAUACAUUAUUGGUAAACAAAUCAAGACCAGCUGCUAGACAUGCACCUUCAUCAAACAAGUAUGGUCCACCAUCUGUAUCACAAACGAGUAUCCCAUCUAUCUCAUCAACAAGUAGUUUACCACCUGCAAGAGAUGUAAAAUCUAGCUCACUGGCACCUCCUGCAGCAGCACCUCCAACUGGUACAAGCACUUCAAAAGUUGCCAAGAAAUCAUUUUUCGAGGACUUUCCAGAUGACGAAGAAAUUCCUAAACCUAAACGUGCAGGCAGAGCAGCUGCACCAGUUAAGGCAGUGAAUCAAAUUCACUCACCACAAGUUUUGAAUCAGCAGGUGCAACAACAACAACAGCAGCAGCAGAGUCAACAGAAUGCACCACCAGCACCACCACCGUCAAAGGUAAACAAACAACCACCUGUCAAUCCAUAUAUGCCAAAAUCUGGCACAUCGCCAAUCUUACAACAACAAACCCCUGCUGUUCAUAAAAGUGGUAUUGCAGCACCAAAUGUGAAUGUUCCACAUGCAAACAAUUAUGCUCCACCAUUGAAUUCAUUUGCAUUUCCACCACGUCAACCAAAUCAAAAGACUAACGAUUACUCCCCACAAUUACAGUCUUCUCCGGCUCCACCACCACCACCUACUAGUUUGCAACCAUUUCCUCUGAUUGGUCAGUCACAAUCUGCCCCAGUUUACCACAAUCGACAACCUUCCAACUCAAUUAACACUAAUGUGAAUAAAGUGCCAUCUAUUAACAGUCCAUAUGUUCCUAAUGCUGGUCCUUAUGCUCCACUGACACAUCAGAGAUCUCAUUCAAGAGCAAGUUCAUUGGUUGGAGGUAAAGGCAAAGAGGUCAAUCCUUAUGCCCCUGCAUUGGAGACAGUGGCAAGUGGCGAUAUUAAUCAGAUCCAACAGCAGCAGCAGCAGCAACAACAUCUUUCACCAGCAACUGCGGUUCUCCCACCAGCCAGAGCUCGUGGAUUUUCCAACGCAAAAAGCAACAUCUAUAAGUCUGCGCCAAAAGUUGUCAAUCCGGAACAAUUGGUUUUCAGACAAUACCCAAUUUUCAGUUUUAGUAUCAAUUCCAAUUGUUCAGUCAUAAUUCCAAACACUGGGUAUAACCAGGGAACAAGUAUUAACAUUGGACCAAUCUCUAAUUUAUUGAAAGAUAAAGAUUUGUAUGCCACUUUCCCUGGUCCUUUAUCCAAGAGUAAAUCUAAAAAGAAAGAUGUUGAAAAAUGGUUGGAACUGUCAUCAGGGUAUUUACGCAGUUUAGGGAAAAAUGAUGAACUUGUGUUAAAUGAUAUUUUGUUGCAUUUGAUCAAACAUGAUGGUGAUGUGAAAAAUCAAGAAUUCUUAAGAUCAGCAUGUCUGAUUCUCAAUCCUAAUGUCAAUUUUGAUGUUAAUAAUCUUCCAACUUCUGGAUUAGCCAUUGGAGCUACUAAUGCUCAUAAAUUGGACAAUUCCGGUAUCAACACUGUAUUCACUUUGAUUCAAUCAGGUAAUUUGGAAAAGGCAUUAGAAUAUUGUGUGUCUCGUGGUGAUUGGGCAUUAGCAUUAAUUAUUAGUGGUCCUGAAAAUUUCAAUAAGAUUGCUGCUGAAUACGCUAGAAAUACAUUCCCAUUUGCUAAAACGAACAAUAAAGUGUUACAUAUUAUGCCCAUAAUUUUGAAAGUUCUUGGUGGUAAUGUUUCUAGUGUUAUUGAAGAUUUGACUGCAGUUCCAAAUGAAGGAGAAUAUGCAAAUUUGCAUUGGAGAGAAAUCAUUUCUACAAUUGCAAUUUGUGGAUCAUUAAAGGCAACUGAAUUUUUGAUUGAAUUUGGGAAAUUUUUGAACCAACAAGGUAAUUUUAUUGGUAGUGAAAUUGCUUACAUCAUGGCUGGAUUACCUUUUGGCCAUCAGAACUUUAUGAUGUUGGCUUCUGGUCAUAAUUCCAUGUACACUGAAGUUUAUGAAUAUGCUUUGAAUUUACACAAGGCAAUGCAUUUCCCACACUUGUUGUCCUUAAAGUUGAAACAUGCAUUGACUUUAGCUGAUUAUGGAUUGAUCAAUGAAUCACAGAGAUAUAUUGAUCAUAUUAAUUCUAGUAUCAAGACAUUGGGUAACAAAUCACCUUUUGUCACGCCUAAUUUGCUUCAUGAGUUUCAGAAUUUGAUUAUGAGAAUCACUGAAGUUGGAUCUGGGGAUGAUCAAAACAACUGGUUUUCCGGUAAGAUUAGUCGAGUCAAUCUUGAUAAGAUCUGGGGACAAAUUGAUAAAUUUAUUGUUGGUGGAGAUGAACUGAAAAAUGGUAACAAUAACGAUGGUAAUGGAACUGGCAAUGGAAGUGGUAGUGUUUUCAAUAAAUUUAGUCCUUCCGUGUCGAGAAAUGCAUCAAGUGUGAAUUUACACAAUUAUGCACAACCUUCAAUGAUUAGGCAACCAUCACUUUUACCAUAUCAACCACAACAACAACCGCAACCGCAACAACAAUUAUUGGAUCAAGUUCACAUUGAAAGAAAACCUACAACUGGAUUCGCUCCGCAACCACCACCAUUAGUUGGUCAUCCAUCAACGACAUCAGUUAAUAAAUAUUCUCCAAGUAUUAAAUCGAGUCCUCGUCAAGCACAACAGAAUAAGUUUGAAAAAUAUGCCCCAAGCAACAAUUCAUCUCAUCAUAAUCUUAGUCUUGUUGAAGAAAGGUCAGCUGUUACUAGUGCUGAUGGUCCUGAAUACCCUCACCACCAACACCAACAGAGUAUCAAUGCGUCAGCAGUUCCCGUGCCACUUCCACCACCAACACCACCGGUAAGCAUGCCACAACAUGUAUCUAGGUCUCCACGUAGCCAUCAACUGCACCAACCACCAACAUUACCACCACUGCAUUCACAUCAUGUUCAACAACCAUCUAGAGAUCGGUCACCAUUAGCGACACGAAUCUACCCUUAUAGCAAUAGUGUUGGCGGACAAAUUUCUACUACGUCAGUGGGUUCUAUUCCUAGUCAAAUACCACUUGGUCGACAGACUCAUGGGAAACAACCUUCUAUUUCAAGUGUAAUUUCUGGAGAUAGUAUUGCAGCAGUUGGUUUAGGAGAACAAGAGAAUAUUUUACCACCAUCCACUGGACAAACAGGGAAAACAGCUACAAGUGAAGUGAAUAGAAAUGAAGAAGGUUAUGGAUUUGGGGGUCACUAUCAUCAUGAUCAACCUGAAACUAUAACUGAAUCUCCAGAAUUAAGAGGAUUACAACAACCACAGUCCAGUGAAGCAGAAAUUAGUAAAGACAUUUCAAAUGAUGUAGCAUUGGAUAGUGCUAAGAUACCAGAAGCUUCACAGGAACCAGAAGAAGAAACGGACGAAUCAGGUAAUGUGGCAGCUGCUCCACCACCUCCACCAGUUGCUCCAGUUGCACCUCCUAGAAAAACAAAAUCUUCUAGAUCUAAUCCAUAUGCUCCAUCUACAGAUAUUGGUGCUACCAGUAAUGCACCGUCAGCUGUGGGGCAAACACUUGGUGGGAAACCAAGUAUGAGAAAAUCGGGAUCAAGAACUAACAGAUAUGGACCACCACCAGGAGUUGGUAAUAAACAACCAACUAUUGAUGUUUCACCACCUUCUGCUACUAAUAAUACUGGUAAUGAAGAUUCCAUUAGUAUGUUUUCCUAUGGUGGCUAUCAAAAUGAGUCUAGUCCUCCACUCAAGCAACCGUCACAAUUUGAUCAGACUGCAGUUGCAUCUGCACCUGCCCCACCUCCAUUACAACCACAAUUGGCGGUUCCAGAAAGAGUUCCAACUAAAAAUGUUGCCAAUAUUGAUGAUAGUUUUGAUGAAAAUAGUUUAGCAGCUGAUACAUCAACAACUUACAAUAAUAAUAUGGUAAAUAAACCAUAUGGACUGUCACCAAUGGGACCAACUGUUGCAACUAAUGGACCUGGAUCAGUUACUCUGACACCUUUGAUUUUAAAUCAAGGUUCUGCAAAUAUGAAAUUAUCAAAUCUCAGUACUAUUAGUGUCACUGGAACCGGAACCGGAACUGGGACUGGUGGAGCAUUCGAUGGAUUUCCUAUACCAGGAUCACCUGAUGAAACUACUCGACCAAAUUCUAUAUUUGGUGGUCAUACUAGAGGAUUAUUUUCUUCAAGAUUAUCAGAAUCACAAAGUGUAUUAUAUCAACAAUAUGCAAUUGCUGAUGAUACAGUUGGUGAUUAUAUUCCUAUUAUGGAAGAAGAUGAUGAAGAUGAUGAAGAUGAACAAGCUAAGCAACAGAAACAAAAAGAAAAAGAGGCACAAGAACAAGAAUUGAAGAGAAAGCAGGAACAACAACAACAAAAAGCUGCAGCAAAGAAUAACAACAAUAGUGGCGGUGGUGGUGGCAAAUUCUUUAGCUUAUUCGGUGGUGGUGGUAAUAAUAAGAAACAAGAUAAUGAUGCUAAAGUUUAUAAAGCUCAUUUAGGACAAAAGAAUACUUUUGUUUAUGAUGAAAAAUUGAAACGUUGGAUAGAUAAAAGUAAACCGUUAGAAGAACAAUUACAAGCUAAUCUUCCACCUCCACCACCUCCAUCAAUGAAGAAAAAACCCAAUCCUGUCUCAACUACUACAAACAGCAAUAAUAGUAGUGGACCACCACCAAUGGUUACACCUAAUCCAACUCCAAUUCCAGGAGGUGAUUUGUCUACGACUACAACAGGGGGAAUAUCAACUCCUAUUCCAGCAUCAGCUCCACCAUCAAGAAUGAGUAAAGAUACUACUAAACCAACACCAUCAAUAAAUAGACCAAAGAGUAGUUUAGCUACAGCUUCUGGAUUAGAUGAUUUAUUAUCACUAACAGAUAAUAAUCCACCACCAAAUGGUAGAUCAAGAGGUGUUGGUGGCGGUGCUACACCAGGAGGAAGUAGAAGAAAUAAACCUAAACGUCGUGGAUAUGUGAAUGUUAUGGAGAAAUAA